UGGCAGGUGCGGGCGGCCGCCAGGCCCCGCCCCGGCCCCGCUGUGAGGGCGGCGGGAGGCGGCGGGUGGAGGGCGCCGGGGGCGGGCGGCUUCGGGCCUCGCUCCCCGCCUCGAUCCCUCCCUUGGCGCCUCGCUCCUUUCCCCAGAGCUCUUCGGAGGGCCCCCGGAGCCGAGUAAGGGGACGAGGUUGAGGUGCGGCCCCUCCCGGCGGCAUGAACCGGCCUCACCGCGGGGCCGCGGGCAGCCGGGGCCUGGGCACGAUGGAGGUGAAGAGCAAGUUUGGAGCAGAGUUUCGACGGUUUUCUCUGGAGAGGUCCAAACCUGGGAAGUUUGAGGAGUUCUAUGGAUUACUGCAGCACGUGCACAAGAUACCCAAUGUUGAUGUUCUAGUGGGAUAUACAGACAUUCACGGAGACCUGCUGCCUAUCAAUAAUGACGACAACUAUCAUAAAGCAGUUUCCACAGCCAAUCCUCUACUUAGGAUUUUCAUUCAGAGGAAAGAAGAUGCAGACUACAGUGCCUUUGGUACCGAUACUAUGACAAGGAAGAAAAAUGUCUUAUCAAAUGUGUUACGUCCAGAUAACCACAAGAAGAAGCCACACAUUGUCAUUAGCAUGCCGCAAGACUUCAGACCGGUGUCUUCUAUUAUAGACGUAGAUAUCCUUCCAGAAACCCAUCGCAGGGUACGGCUUUACAAGUAUGGAACUGACAAACCCCUGGGAUUCUAUAUACGAGAUGGCUCUAGUGUCAGAGUAACACCCCAUGGAUUAGAGAAAGUUCCGGGGAUUUUCAUAUCCAGGCUUGUCCCUGGAGGUCUGGCUCAAAGCACAGGCUUGCUGGCUGUCAAUGAUGAAGUACUGGAGGUGAAUGGAAUAGAAGUUUCAGGAAAAAGCCUUGAUCAGGUUACAGACAUGAUGAUUGCAAACAGCCGUAACUUGAUCAUUACGGUAAGACCAGCAAACCAGAGAAAUAACGUUGUGAGGAACAGUCGGACUUCUGGCAGCUCUGGUCAGUCUACUGAAUCUAGCCUUCCAAGUAGCACACCAAAUAUUUUAGCAAAUUUCUUGCAAGGAGAAGAAGAGAGCGAUGAAGAGGACAUUGUUAUUGAAGACAGUGGCGAGCCACAGCAGAUUCCAAAAGCUGCACCUACCAGCGAAAGCAUAGAAUCGUUGACGCAAAUUGAACUCCAUGAGUCAACACAAAACGGCUUCCUUCCUUCCAGCGAGAUGAACUUGAAUCAUUCAGCAGGCAGCAUUAGCAUGGAAUAUGAAGUACAAGAUCCAGAUCAUAAAUCAUUAGAAGAUGGAACUAUAAUAACGCUAUGAAAUUACAUUGGUGUACUUUGUACUUAGCAAGGAUGCCAUACAUGUUUUGAUUUGGUUUAAUAUGUAAUAUGUUUUAUACCUCUCCAUCUACUGAGCACUGCAGUUAGAUUAAAAGGAGAAAAAAGUAAAUAUGAGACAUUCAAAAUGAUAUAAGUUGACUAACUUCAGUUAAUUCUGCACUUCCAUGUAAAUACUUCACAAAGAUAACAGUUAGUUCAUAACUGACUGAAAUUGGAUGAGGAAAAUUUAAACUGAAAAUGAAGGAUAGUUAAGAGAUGGCUGUGAGCUUUCUUUUAAAGGUACUUGAUUUUUUUUUUUUUUUUUAUGUGAAAUACUACUGGUUCUGUAGAAGCAAACUUCCAUUAUUGUGUGAGGUCGAUUAUCUAAUGUGCUGUGGUUUCAUGUUCAACUGAAGUGCUGCUUACGUACGGUGGUGCUGCUUUAGCCACUUCAUUCCUGUUCUGGUCUGCUGUUUUGCUGGUAGGGCUGUUUGUGUGGCUCUGCGUACGAGGAAACAAAAAUAAUUCUUAGUUGGUCAAACUCCCUGAUUUGUUGAGCAACAGUGGUAGGUGACAGGGGUCAGCACACUGACAACAGUCAGGGCUUGGAGGUGGGGGCUUCUGAAGUUGUGUCCCUUUGUAAAUGAAUGUGCAACCACAGGCUCAUUAGUCAGGCACCUUUACUGUUUUUAAUUUGCCUUUUAUGGCCAUGUUAACUUACUUUUAAUGACACUACGAUUUUUGAACUCAAAUGUGAAAGUCUUAAUACUUCUGUAUCUCAAAGACCUGUUCUCAUUUUAGUUUGCAAUACUUAAGGAUAUCAUUGGAUUUAGUUGCUAAUCCCAGUAAAUUUUAAAGAAUUCAGAUGUAAACAUAAUGCUAUGGAAAUAACAUACUAUGUAAUCUAUGUUAAAAUCAGUCCUAGUAGAAGCUGUAAAGAUUUCUACUAGCAAAAGUUUGUUGUAGUGAAUCAAAUGUGAAAAGUCACUUUUUUCAAACCUAAAUGAUUCAGAGCAGUUUAAAUUGACUUAAGUUCCUUGAUUAAAAAGAAAAAAAGCUUGAAGUCAGGAUGAGGCUUUAAUAGAACUUGAGCUGUUAUUAAAACUAUUUGUUUUAAUUAACUUAACCAUAAAUACUGAUCUUCCUGUGCACCGCUGAUUGGGUGUUUUGAAUCUUACAAAGUUGCUGUAUUUAAAGCAAAAUACCGAUGACAAGUCCUGAUACUGCAAAUGUACAAGCAAGCAUGCACAUAAUCAGCUGCAAAUUUACUAGGACAACUGUAAGGAAAGGUUUCUACAAUACUCUCUCCACAUUUGAGAUCUCCCCUUUCACCACUUGGCACUGUUCCCUACCUGAUCCUAUGGUGGGAACAUAAGUUGUUGCAGGAAAAUGAGAUAGGAACAAAUAGGGUUGAGGAGAAGGAUGCAUGGAGCUUCUCAGCAGGGAUCUAGCAGUCUAGGCUAGCCUCUGAGAGAGGUAGGAUGCGGCCAGUUCUUGUACUGUGCUUACCAGAGCCAGUACUUCGGGUUUUUGCACGCAUGUUCUGCCCUGCGGGGAGAUGUAAUAAGCAGGAAAGGAGGCUAAUCCUGUUCUUUUUCCUCAGUCUAUCUUGGGGAAACAUCUACCUCUGGUAAUUCUACUAAAUGAGAGUAAUGUUAAGGCACCUGUAAAAGGCUUCAGAGCACAUCAGAGGGUAAAACUCCAUUUGUUUAAGCUCUUUGUAAUUAUACAAACAAAAUUGCUACAGGUAUUAGUGAUGUUUAAUUUUGAAUUAAUAAUCUCAAGUAUUUUCAAGCCUUCAAUAACAUUGGAGUUUGAGUCUCAUAGAUGUCAAGGAAGGCUUUGUUAAUGCCCCUUUUGCUUUACGGAGAGUUGGCAUAACAGGCAAGGGCAUGCAUUGCGAGUGCAGGUUAGGGUGGUUUUGUUGGAUUGAUUUAUGGCUUCCUUAGUAUGCAUUUGGAGAGGCCCUGGAAUGUUUUCCCACAAGACCAAGAAUUUAAGUGUUUUACUUAUAUUGCUAAUUAUUAAAAUGAAGUUACUACAUCCACUUAGUGUGAAAUGGGAAAAAUAAAUGGUUCUGCAAUGUGUACGUCUUAAAUAUGCAUAUUUUCUGUCAGUGCUGCUCUACACUUCCUUUAUUGAAGGAAGAUUGUUUACUUUAAGAUAUCUUUUUUUUUCCUUUAUCAGAAGACUUUCCUGUAUGAAAUCAUCAGCCAAUGGUGACUUUCAUUUAUUAUGCUAGUUUGCACUUCUGUGCCUUUUGUUUACUUGAAUGUAUUGUGAAUUAUCGAAGGAAUAAAGGCACGUGGAUGAGAAGAGAAUGAGGUCCACAGAUACAGAAGAUGAACUGGUAGUGCACUUACUUCAGAUGUAAUGGUUUCAUUUGGUGGAAAUACAUUCUGGGUCUACUGUGGUACUUCAGUAUUUUGCAGCUUAGGUGCAAGGUGAGCUUAAACAGGGGGGUUGAGUCUGAGACUGCUAAUGUUACAAGGCAAUUCAUUGCUCAAGUACAAACACCCAAAGUGAGUGUGCUACCAAACUCUUGUGUUACCUAAUUUGUGCUUUUAACAGAUGCAUGAAUAUUUUGCAUAUAUAUGCCAGUAUUAAGGACUUGUAGAAAUGUAACUAGGGUCCCACUAUAAAUUGCAUGAGGAUUCACCUCGUAGGACCUUUCCUGCAAACUGAUUGAUUGAUCUCUAAAUACAUGCAAUGAUAUUUUUUAACAAAUAAUGUUCUAUUUUACAGAAAUUCGAUAACAUAUAUAGUAAAACUAAGCAUUUGGAACUUGAUUAAAAAAUAAAAAUUAAACCUUAAAAAUGUUUUUUUAGUGUAUUUAGUUACAAUGACAGACUGCACAGCAUAUAAUCACUUAAUGCUGCAGUGACCAUGAAAUUUGUAAAGUUCUUCCAUAUCUUACUAAUGCAUACACUAUAAUGAAAUACUUUUAAAUAGUUACUUCAGGAUGAUCAAUGGUUGAUUAUGAAUGGCUAAAUUUUAUAUAUAAACGGUACUGGGGCUCAGUAUAGGGUUUUGAAAAUAUGCUGAUAUCGUUAGCCUUUCAUUCACUACCUCCUAUAUUUUUAACAUCUUUACAAUUUUCUCCUUGGAAGAAAAUGCUUAAAGGCUUGACUGUUUUUAUACAAAUUUUUAUCUUUAGCUAUAAAAAAAAAUCCAGAAGUGAUAGUGCGGUUGCUAUGCAUGAUUGACAAUAUUAAGCUGCUAUUAAUGUUAAUCUUUGUGUAUUACGUAUCAUAUAUAUGUAAAUUGUAUUUUCAAUCCAGAUUUUAUAAAUUAAUUUAUAAAUAUCCAAAUUAUUUCAAAAAUGGAGUGGAAAACUAAAAUUCCUCUGAGUAGUGUUAUAUGUUGUGUACAUGCAUGGGGGAAGUUGUUCCUUUCUUGCGACUGGGAGGUUUAAGUGCACCUUAAUAGGAAAGAGUAAAUUCUUCAUAGAAUUAAGAUGCAUUUACUUUGAAGUUCUGCUAAGGUACUGGAUAAGUCAAGCCUAACUGUGAAUCAUAUGUUUUUCCACAGCUGAAUUAAAUUUAGGACAAUGUUCUCACAAGCUGUCUUUAACAUGUGUAUUUUUGUGAAUAUUAUGUAUUUUCUAAUUAAAUUUUCCUUGCAAUGUGAUUUUUACAUGAAUGAACUUGUUUAAAAUGUCAAAUAUCAGUAUUUUUCUUACAACUUCAAUGUAUAAUGUACAUUGGUAUCUCACUGAAUGAAGAUUGAUUUUACAAAAUCAAGCUAGCUGUAGUAGUUGUAUAUUAGUCUUAUAUUUUUACAGACUGGAAUAAUAAACAGAUAUAGAAAUGAAAUAUUUUUUUUCUCAAUUACUCUUAGGUAAAAAUGAGGAAGAAUGCAUCUCUUGCUUAUUCUGAAGUGUGAAUCUAGUUGGGCUUGAGUUUUCUCUUGGGCAGCUAAGUGGGUUCUGUUUUCAUAGUAGCCUUAAAUGUUUGCUUCCUCUGCUCCUUCCUCCCUUCCUCUGAAACAAAUCUUUACAUGUGGAAAUGAUGCAAGAGUUCAAGAAACUUGUCCCUCAGUCCCGUUGUCUGACCUGUGAUGUGCUCAUUCCUACAGUAGCUGCAAAUAAUCGAUCUUGCAUUGUAUCACUUGCCUGACGACUGCUUGCAGUAAAGUUUAGGACAUGAAACUAGAAGAAGGUUCUUCAUCCUCCUUCACCAUUUGCUGCUGGCAAUUUGGAGGCUUUCACUGUUACUGAGAAUCAACAGUGGAUAGAAGGGAACAUUAAAAUGCCAUCUGGAAGUGGUGCUGUUGUGCCUUUGGCUAAGGUUUUGGGAUACGUUCAAACGUCACUGCUCCCCUCACUACCUAUUUUCUUUGUCAGUACUAGCCUUGGUGUGGCUCUGUUAUGAAUUGAGUUGAACUGAUCUGAGUUAACGUGAUUUGGCAAAGAAAUUAAUGGUUAAUUUUCAACCCAGAAUAGCUUUCUGAUUCAUUCUGCUGAGAAUGUUUCUCCUCUCGCAUGGAAAGUGUUGACUUUAGGGGCAUAAGUGAGUGAUGGAAGAGGAUAAACUAUUUUUAUCAUCGAUGUCAGCUUAUAUAAUUUUUAAAGUGAUUGUGAAAUUACUGUCUUAACUAAGGAGGACUUGGCACCCCAUGUUUUCAUCAUAACUUUGAAAUUUAUUUAAUGGGCUUUGUUUCAGAUCUUAGUGAUAAAUAUACAAUAAUUCCUAGAAUCACCUGCAAGGAACUCCUAUGGUCUGUUUAGUAAGCACCUAAUUGAAGAUAAUUGUAAAUGUGUUGCUUACACUGAUUUGCAGCAGGUCCCUUUUAACCAUUUCUGAAGGUGUUGUAAACGUUCUGAGCCCCUAAUAAUGUUGUUUUCCUCUCUUGCAAUUGAUAAGUAACUGCUAAUUGUUUGGGGCCAAGUUUUUUGUUUUUUUGGGGUUUUUUUUUUAGACAUAAUUUUGGCUUUUUUUCUUGCCUACUGUGGUCUUGUAGUAGCAUGCCUUGAAGAAAUAGUGUUAAGGUUUGUUUGUAUCUAUUUUCUAUUGUUUUGUAUUAUUGUUCUGUUAUGUUUCAGGCUGUGUAACACUUAGAGUGAAGAUUAAGGACUGUGAAUCUGUUUGGAAUUGGCUCAAUCUUAUUCUUGGUGGUGUCAAUAAACUUUGCUUCUGCCCUUAAACACAUGA